AUGCCUGUGCCAAGCGGAGCAUACAAACAUGAGAUUAGCAUCGAUGGGAUUGCGGGUCGAGUUCGAUGGCUUCCGAGCGUUCCCGCUGGGCCCCCUGACCUAGAUGGCCGCCUCACCAACCAUGCCAUGGUCGUUUGGGGCCAGCAGGACACGGGAGAGGACAACUUCCUAGUGGUCCACGACCUCGUGGUGACCUCCCGGGGUAACUCAGUGUUGCGGGUGGAGGAGGAGGUGGUGGUGGCCUUCUCCUACACCAGCAAGAUGACCGACCUGCACGUUUGCGAGCAGGGCAAUGGCCAGGUCACGGUGUUGCUGGGCACCGUGGACGGCUCCCUGCACCUGCUGCGUCUGAUGGUGCCUAGGACCCCGGGCGCGGGGCCCAAGGAGGUGCAGAUGCUGGAGUCGCCCCCGGGGUGGCCGGGACCGGGGCAGCGGGGGACGGGGGGCUCGGAGGAGCUGGCGGUGUGGCUGCGACCCCACCGAGGGGCACUCACGGCGGUGGACAUGCAGCAAGACACCAAGAACAUCCUGACCGCGGGUGCAGACGGGUCGCUGUUCGUCCUAGAUAUAGAGCAGGUGGCGUCCGCCUCCGCUUCCGCCGGGGGGGAUCCCGACGCGGAUGCGGACGGCAUGGCGGUGGAUAUGGACACUGGGGAGCAGCGCAGGGCUGGCGGCGCCGGCGGCGCGCUGCCGCCGGGGAUACUGCCGUACAAGGCGGGCAGCGGCUGCUUGGGGUACACGUGCGCCCGCUGGGUGGACCGCAGCCUCUUCGUGACGAGCCGCACCGUGGGCGGCUUGGAGACGUGGGACGUGCGCUGCCCGCCAGCACCCGUCAGCAGGACCCCGCAGGAGUGGGGCGCCACAGGCCUGGGACCUGCGGACAGGGGCUGCCACCGGGUCAUCCACGCGCUGCAGGUGCACCCCUCCCGCCCUGACGUGUGCGCCACCGGGGGCUCGGGCGGCAGUGUGGCGCUGUGGGACCUCAGGGCGGCGGCCCGACCACUGGCGCUCACACAACCCGACAUCGCGGCUGGACCCGUAUGGGAGGUGCGCUUCGAUACACGUGAAGGUGCCCAAUACGGCGCGGAGGCGUCGGGCGGCCAGCAGGCGCCGCUGCCGUCGGUGCUAUUCUGCACCGAGGAUGGCGCCCUGUGCCGCGUCUCGGCAUCCGAUGCGGCGGCAGCGGCGGCGGCAACCCCCCACUUUGGGCGGAUGGAGGAGCUGACGUGGCAGGGGUCCCGGAGGGGGGCGCCGCAGAUUCUGACGGAGUUGCCUGCGGCCAUUAACUCGUUUGACCUGGGUGGGCCGUUCGGGACGGACGUGGUGGCGGUGACUGGCCGCCAGUCGCUGUUGUACAUGCAGGUGGUACUGUUUGGACCUCACGAGCUGGAACUUCAUCAAGAGAUGCUUGGUCUGGAGCAAGAGAUCCAGGCAGCUAUCGAUCGGAUCCUGGAGACGGCGGUGUCUGCAACCGGGCCGGCAGUGACAGAUAAACAGCUUCAGGAGCUCCUUCAGAGGAUGCGGGGAAAGAUACGAGAUAUGGAGCUCCUUUCCGAGGAGCAGGACACGGACAUGCACGCGGACGCCGUCGAUGCAUGCGUGGAGCUACAUCAGGCAGAGUAUCAAAGGCAUGUGUACAGGGUGAUAAGGGAAACAACGACCGGAGUUACUGGAGUUACUGGGCUUGCUGGUGCGAUAGCGGCUGCUAAAGGCCAGGCCAGGCGGCAGCAGCAGCAAGCGGCUGAGCAAAUGCGCCGGGAGCUGUUCGCGGGCGCCAGCCUGCCGGCCCUCCAGCGGGAGUACAAGACGGUGGCGGAGGCGGUACAGGGCACCAGCCAAGUCACGGAGAGCCUGCAGCGGACAAAGGCGAUGCUCACGCAGCAGAUCGAGCAGACGGCAGCCACCAUGGCAGUGCUCGACAGCAGCAACAACACGCUGGGCCAGGCCAAGGAUGAGUUCGUGGGGCAGAAGAAGCUUCACAAGAAGGGCGCCAAGCUGCUCAACACGAUACAAAAGCAGGAGCAGAAUGACAGGCGGAUAUUGUGGCUGGGGCUGCUGCUGUUCCUGGCCACGUGCACCUACAUCGGCUACAAGCGGGCGCCCGGACUGGUCAAAGCACCCGUGGAUAUGGCGCUGGGGGCUGCGGCGGGUGCCGCCACUCAGCUAUGGCAUCAGGCUGAGCCGCUGGUUCGUGACCAGCUCAAACGAAUAUUGCCUCAGAGCGCCGCCACGGACCGGCCUGCGGUCUUCCCAUCCGGAGCCGCGCCCACCCAGCGGCCCCUGGAGCCCGACAUCACCCGGGCCCCGGAACCAGAUCUGAAACCGGGACGCGGGCAGCAGCAGCAGCCGCAGCAACCGCCGCAGCUGCAGCAGCAACGGCCGCAGCAGCCGCCACAGCAGCCGCAGCAGCAGCAGCAGGAGCAACGGCCGCAGCCACAGCAGCAGCCGCAGCCGCCGUCACCGCAGCAGCCGCCACCGCAGCUGCAGCAGCAACGGCCGCAGCAAGGGCAGCAGCAACGGCCGCAGCAAGGGCAGCAGCAGGAACUGGCAGCUGAAGAGCUGGAUGUGCGGCCGGCGGUGGAGCCGCGAGAGGUGCAACGGGAGGUGGAGAAAGAGCCCUGGCAGCGGAGGAAGCAUGAGCGGUCCCGGCCGGGGCAGCCUCAGCGCAACCCUCCACACGACCCAGCUGCUGGCGCUACUGGUGCUGCAAGCGGCGGCGCCAAGGGCGGGUCUCGAGGCCCGGGUAGCUUCAAGUUCGACCGCGAUCAGCGGCAUGCGCAGCCGCAGCAGCCGCAACGGCCGAGAACGCAAUCGCCGACUGACGGAAGGCAGCGGCCCGGGGCUCCCGAACCCAGCGGCGAGACGCGCAGCCGUGAUCGUCGAGCCUAUGGAGACCGGAUGGAAGUUGCCCGGGGGACAGAGCUUCCGUACACGAAUUUAGACGAGAUGUACGGAGCGGGGGCUGCUGCAGUGGCUGCACCGUCCGCUGCGGCUCCAUCGGAGGCGGAUGUGGGGAGUGGGUCCCCCGGCAAUGUGCCAAAGGAGGACUUCCCGGUGCAGCUGGGCGACGAUGACCCAGAGUCGGUGCGGGAGGGGCUCCUGCCAUUGGAGCCGGAGGAUGCCCGUCAUAAGGAGCCUCCUUUCGUCAUCGACGUCUCUGAUGCGGAGGACGGCGCGGAUGCCGACAAUUUGCUGCCCCAGGUAGCAACCAAGUCGAGCAGCCUUUCAAAAGCCCUGGAAGGCGCGGCACUGGGGCCGAGGAAGCAGCAGCAACAGCAGCAGGAGGAGGAGGAGAAGGAAGACCUGAGCCUGACCUCCUCGACCUCCCAGGGUGAUGCAAACAACGACGGGGACGCUCAGCAGACGGCGGAUGUCGCCGUGCCAAAGCCCCCGCCCUCUUCUGUGCCCCAGGACGUGAAAGAAGAGGAGCAGCAGCAGCAGCAGGACCGGCCUGGUCAAAAGGAGGAGGAGCCUGAAGAACAGGAGCUGCCUGGACGAAAAGAGGCGCAGCAGCAGCAGCAGCAGCGGGACCGGCCUGGCGAAAAGGAGGAGGAACCUGAAGAACAGGAGCCGCCUGGACGAAAAGAGGCGCAGCAGCAGCAGCAGCAGCGGGACCGGCCUGGCCAAAAGGAGGAGGAGCCUGAAGAACAGGAGCCGCCUGGACGAAAAGAGGCGCAGCAGCAGCAGCAGCAGCGGGACCGGCCUGGCGAAAAGGAGGAGGAACCUGAAGAACAGGAGCCGCCUGGACGAAAAGAGGCGCAGCAGCAGCAGCAGCAGCGGGACCGGCCUGGCCAAAAGGAGGAGGAGCCUGAAGAACAGGAGCCGCCUGGACGAAAAGAGGCGCAGAAGCAGCAGGAAGAGGAGGAGGGGCUUAUGCUGCCGCAAGAGCCGGAGGAGGCAGAGAUGGACCAGCAGAAGCAGCAGCUUGGACGGUCACACGAUUCCGAGGAGGGCACUGAUGCGGCUAAGCAACAGAAGCAGCAGCCAGACGACCAGGUGGAAUCGUCCAUGUCAGAGAAGGAUGACGCCCCGCUCCAGCCCGCUGAUGCCGCCGCUACUGACCCCAACCAUGACGGGGACUUGGCAGGCAGCGGCGGCGGCGGUAGUGAUGCCGACGGCGACGGGGUUGACGAUGCCUCCCAGCACUUUGAGAAGUUGCGCAGGUACGCGCGCAAGAAAGGCGUGCUGCGCCUGCCCGACUGGCUACGCUACAUGUUGCUAGAGGAUCCCGAGUUUUCGGAGCAGGUCGCGCUUGCGAAUGAGGAGCUUGGGGACGCACGGCCGUCGCAGCUGGGCCCGGAGGAGAUCGAGCUCAUCCGACUGUGGGAGCCGGACCUGGCUUCGUACUAUUCGGAGGAGGAGGAGUCACCGCCGCAACUCGAUGGCCUGGCUGGUGCUGGUGCUGAGGCUGGGAUUGAUCCGGGACAGGAGGAGGAGCAGGCGGUGCAGCCGGUUCCUGGUUCCACUUCCCCGGCCUUGCAACCGGCGCAGCAGCCCGAGUUGAGCCUCGACGGCGAUGGUGCGGAUGGUGGCGCAGUGACGGAUGAUGGGACAGCGGACGCUGCAGCUGCUACCACCAAAUCCGCCACCAACACUACCGACACCACCAACACUGCCGACACUGCCGACACCACCAACGCUACCGACACUGCCGACACCACCGACACCACCACCGAUGAUGACGGCGGCGAUGACGUCACCACUACCUACGCGUACGAUGUUGGCUCUGAGGUCACCGACACUGAAGAGGAGACCGCCUUCGAGUACGGCAUCGAAAGCCCCGUCAAAACCGUUACCGUGGACGACAUUCGUGAGGAAGCACGCAAGAGCGGUGUGCGCGGCAUGGCCCCCUGGAUGCGUGUCAUGCUGUUAUAUGACCCGGAGUUUCAAGAGGAGGUCAUGAGGGUCGAGAUGGAGCUGGCCGCCGCGCAAUCUGAAACGGACCAGGAACAUGAAGAUCAGCAGCAGGAGGACUUGCUGGACGCAGAGGCGGAUGCGGUGGAGGAUGCCGGUGCGGCUGCGGCCGUGGAGUCUUCGGACGAGGGCACCAGCACAGCGGAUGCGGCCACGUUUCACACAGGUGACGAGGAAAAGCAGGCGGAUAAGGAGGAGGAUAAGGAGGAGGAGGAGGGGGCGCGGCAACAGCUCCCGGCGGCUCAGGAUGUGGAUCAGGGCGGAAGACGGAAACAAGAGCCGGCCCAUGGUGCGGGCCAGGUCGAAAUCCCCGCGGAGACGGAGGCUGUGACAGAUGCCACGGACGCGCAAGUGGAGUCCGUGCAGGAAGGCGUGGGAGGUCCGGCUGCUGUGGCGGCGGUCCCAGAUGUCGGCUCCGAAGGCAAGGAGGCGGUUAGUAGUAGCAGCAACAAGGACGAGGAUGUCCACGUUGAGCCCCUGAUUCGGACUUCGAUGGCGAUAUCAGCAGCAAGUGCUGCUCGGGAAGAAGCUGCGGCGGCAGAGCAAGCAGCAUCCAAGAAUGACGAGGAGGCGGACACCCAACAGGAGGCGGACAACAAGAUGACACUCGCGGAGGGAGAGGACUCCGACGAGCCGGCGAAGAGAAAGGUGGCUGCGUCACCAGCGGCCAAGGAGGCGGCGUCAUCGAAGGCAAAUGAUGUUGCAGAGGCUGACGCAGAGGAUGCAGCGACGCCGGAGGCGAAGCAGGCUGCGAUGGCGAAGGCGGAGAGUUCUGGCAAAACAGCCGAAGCGGAGAAAGCUGUGACCCCAGCAGCCAAGGAAGCUGCGCCGCCGAAGGCAGAGCAGGGGCCAACGGCGGGGGCAAAGGAGACAGCGACGGUUACGGCGGGGGAUGCCGACUUGGCGGCGGAGGCGGAAGCGGAAGCGGAGGCUGCAGUAGCUGAGGCGAAGGGAACUGAGCAGCUGGAGGAGGCGAAGGAUAUUGAAGCUGCGGCAGGGGCAGGAAAGCCCGUGGAGGCUGGUCAUGACCUCCUUCACACAUACCGCGAGUACGCUCGAGAGCACGGUCUGUACAGCCUGCCUCCCUACGCGCGCGAUGCGCUGGCAGAUGACCCGGAGUUUGUGGAGGAGGUGCAGUGGCUGGCAGAGCUUGCGCAGGGCUCCGGAGGGGCCAUGAAGGCGGGAAUGAAGCAGGCCGAGCACAGCGGCGCCGGCAAAGCAACCAACACAUCCUCUGAGGAUCCGGCCUCUCCUCAGAAGACAACCGACCAGGAGCCGCAAACAGAGGCGGUCGUUCAGGAGGUACAGAAGCUUGGGACGCAGCUCGAGUCAGAUCAGGCUCCGUCCGGUGGCGGGGAGGUGCUCCGGGAACAGGGCGCUGCCGGUGAUCAGGACGAGGAGGAGGAGGAAGAGGGCAAGAAGGAGGAGGUCCAGCAGCCUGCAGGGAAGGAAGGAAACCCGGUAGAGCUGCGGGAAGCUGAGGCACUGGGUGUUGCAGAUGUGCAUGUGCAGGCAGGAGGUGAGGCGGCGGCUCCGGAGGAAGCGGAGUUGGCGGCGGAUGCCGAGCCGGAUGUCGCGGGAACCGAGGGAGAGGCAGCGCCCGCUGCUGGGACUGAGCUGCGGCGUGCCUUUGGGGAGCAGGUGGAGGUGGUGGAGGCUGGCGUAGCAAUGGAGACGGCCGCAGAGGCAGAAGCGGUGGUAGCGAUGAUGGCUGGGGCCUACUUCACCGUGUACCUCCGUGCUAUCGAGUAUUGCUUGCUGGAAGACCCUUGCCCCACGCCGCGCUCGAACUGGCAAUAUGCCCUUGCCGUGGCCCGGGACGUGUACCUUCCCUUCGAGAGCAAAGCGGUCGCCGGAAGGGUAUCCGGGCAGACCGAGUCCUCUCGCGGCACGGGCCAGCAGCCAGGCAGCAGCCAAAGGCGCCCCGAACUCGAACGGCAGCCUCUGGCGGCUCCUGACGAUAGUUAUUUGACCGCAGCCGUCAGACUGCUCAUCCAACUGGUCUCUCAGUACAUCUUGUACGACUGUCUCUUGGCAUUGUACGUCAAGCCCCUGGGUGAAGCUUCCACCGCCUCAGCUCCGGCCCUGCUCAGUGUCAUCUCUCUGCAAGUUUCCGCCGCCUUCACCGUUUGCCUGUACCUCCAUUUCACCAUGAUGUACAAGGCCGCUGUGCUUGCUCUGUCACUGGCGCAGCCGAGCUUGUUGUACCGCUGUCCCCACUUGUUCCGAGAGCCCUGGCGCGGCCUGCUAUCAGUCAGCGAGCUGUGGCAGCGCUGGCAUCAGCUCUUCCGCCUGACCUUCGUGAGGCUUGCGUAUCGCCCUGCACGAACCGCCGUGCGCUGCCUGUUCUACAAAAAUGGCAGCAACAACAGCAGCAACUCGAAUCGCUUGAAGAAUGCAUCCGACGGCCGGGGCCGAAGUGGCACCGCUGUGGAGGAGGGUGUGGCACUGCUGGCGGUGUUCCUGCUGAGCGGUAUCAUUCACGAGUACAUGUGCUGGGCAGCGUUUGGUGCAGCGCGCGGGUGGCAGAUGGCCUUUUUCCUUGCACACGGCAUCGCCAUUUUGCUGGAGCAGGCUGCCACUUCCGUCAUCAAGCGCCUUGCAGUCCGGGGGAAUGUGUCACCGGGGUCCGCCGGGGUGAGCUGUUUAUGGGCCACACUGCGCUUGGCAUCGAUGGUGUUUUGUUUGCUGAGCAGCGUGAUCUUCAUGAGGCCCUGGAUUGAGGCGGGCUACCAUCGGGACUUCUGGCACCCCGUGUCGCUAGUUGGCUGGGCGCUGCCGCAGUUGGCUGGGUCCGAGCGACCCGCCUGGUAA